AUGUCAGUAGAAGUAGCACGUAGCGUCGAUUUACCUGUAUACACACCACCGGAAAAAGGCUUUAAAUUAACGAGCAACGGUGGAGCAAUCGAAGAUGAAAAUAUUGGUUGGCUAAAGGAGACCUCAAAGGAUGCUCCCGUUGAGUUGAUCAAGGAGAGGUACAUAAAGGACGGAUAUGUACUGGUGAAGGGGCUGCUGCCGGUCGAGGCAGUGAAGAACAUGAGGAGAGCGUACUUCGACUUUGUUAAGUGCACAGGCGUGCUCAAGGAGGGUACCGAUCCAGUUGAUGGCAUCUUUGUAGGUGGCGAUCCCAAGAAGUACGGUGGACCGGGAUCAGCAGCUACGGGCGAGGGCACCCUUGAUCCGCAACAGAUCGAGUUCUUAACUAAAGCCACUGAAGCUCAUUACGCGGAUUUCUACGAAGAAUUUCAGAAGAUACCAGAGCUUUAUAAUUUUGUACGUAAGAUUACGGACUGGGAGAAUAUUCUCCUCCUGCAGCGCCAGAUGCUCAGGACAAACAUAAAGGGCUCUGAGGCUACGGCAGUGCAUUAUGAUCAGAUAUUUCUGCGCGGCGCUCUCCCAACUAGCUUGACCGCCUGGGUCCCGAUUGGCUCAUGUGCAGCUAAUGGUGGGAGCUUGAUCUACCUGGACAAGUCACACGAGAUUGGCAGGGAAAUUGAGAAUGACUUUAGCGAAAGAGCUAAAUCUUUCACACCACAAGAACGUCUGUCAGCUUUCAACAGCAAUAUGAUGCGCGGAGGUAUCCUCUCAGACGAUGCACAGGGCUUCGGUAAGGUGUACGGAAGGAAGUGGCUUAUGACCAACUUCGAGGACGGGGACGUGGUAUUCCACCAGCCAUUCAUGAUCCACGCGUCGUCUGUGAACGAAACAGAGAAGAUCAGACUCAGCACUGAUUUGCGUUUUGUUAAUCCAGACGAUGACUUUGACAGAAGAUGGACCCAGAAAUGGUACGUUGGUGAUGGCCUUUGA